ACGCACCUUACACAAGCUACAGGCUUCAGCUGCAGCAGAGGACGCAAGCAGCGCUCUGCGCUGCGCCCUGAGGACCUCUUGUGUCUCAGCUCCCUACUUGAGAACAGAUGGAUCUGACGCCGGAGCGCAUCAACAGCGGCACUUUUUGAUUUCUUCUCCAUCCGGAUCUCUUUUAAUCUGUUAUCAUUUUUGCCUGCACUGAUCACAGUUCUAAUGGAUAUUUACGCCUCCACGUUGUCACCAGCGAUGGACAUCGGCACGGGCUGCUAUUUGCUUGUUAUAGCUGUUCUCUCCAUUGUGGGAAACCUGCUGGUCCUCAUCAUGGCAAUUAAAAGGUCGUCAAGGAUGAAGCCGCCGGAGCUGCUGAGCGUGAAUCUGGCAGUGACACACCUGGGAGCAGCUGUCACCAUGUACCCUCUGUCCGUGGCCUCUGCCUGGAACCACCACUGGAUCGGGGGCGAUGUUACCUGUUUAUAUUACAGCCUGGCAGGGUUCUUCUUUGGCAUCGCCAGCAUCAUGAACCUGACUAUCCUGGCCAUAGUGCGCUUCAUUGUUGCCCUCAAUCUGCACUCGCCUGAUGAGAAAAUCAGCUGGAAGAAGACAAAGAUGCUGUGCAUCUGGACCUGGCUGUAUGCUCUGAUCUGGGCUAUGUUACCCAUCCUGGGCUGGGGACGUUACGGCCCGGAGCCUUUUGGUCUGUCCUGCUCUCUUGCCUGGGGAGAAAUGAAACAUGAGGGUUUCUCUUUCGUCAUCACCAUGUUCUCCUUCAACCUCCUCAUGCCUACUAUCAUCAUCAUCUUCUGUUACUUUGGCAUCGCCUUCAAACUCUAUUUCACCUACAAAAAGUCAAUGAACAACAGCAACCGAGUCCCCAAUAUCGUCAAGCUCCAUCGAAGACUGUUAGUGAUCGCUGUGCUCAUCAGUGUAGGCUUCAUAGCCUGCUGGGCGCCCUAUGCCAUGGUAAGCCUGUGGUCUAUUUUCCGUGACAGUAGCACCAUCCCACCUGAAGUCACUCUCCUCCCGUGCAUGUUUGCAAAGAGUUCCACCGUAUACAAUCCUUUGAUCUACUACAUCUUCAGCCAGAGCUUCAAAAGGGAGGUAAAGCAGAUGCGCUGUCUGUGCCUCGGCUUUAACCUAUGCCACAACUCCAACAGCAUCAACGACAACAACGUUUUUAUGGUCAGCACUGACGUCAAGUCGAAAUUAGAAGCACGGCCUACUUUGCAGGAGCUCACCGAGUGAAAGACAGUGAUUCUUGGUUGAAAGACUUUUUUCGGACAUGCUUGAGAAUAAAGACUUUUGUGCUGUGUUAAAUGUGAAAAAAACUAAUGGUCUCAUAAUUUGUCAUCUCACAAGCGUUAAUAGGAUGUACACCAGUACAACCGGUAUGUGCUACUAUAACACAACAAGCAGGGUCAUACUAGCCUUUUUUUGUGUGAGGCCAUGAUGAAUGAGAGGGCAUGUUUGCACAAUAUGUUAAAUGCUGUGAAAGUUCAGCAAAGUAAGCUAUAGAAGAGAGUAAACUCUGUGCUUAAGUGGUGGCUGAAAACCCCUAAAUUAUUGUAGCCCAGAAACAGAGGCCUCCCCACUGCUGCCAGAUGAUUGAAGCAAAGGCGACAGGUGGCAGCCAAACAGGAUUCAAGAAAAUCAUGCAUUUUAACACAAUACAAACCAAAGGUUGUACAGCAGUACAGUACAGUACAAAACUUUAUUUUGAGCAAAGAAAAAAAGAAGUGAUGUUUACUUUAAUGUGUCAUGUUUCAUUUGUGAUACACUUUUGUUUGAGAAAUAACUUUGUGACACCAACUCAGUAUUUUUCCAUGGAAUAAAUCUCUUUCAGUUCAGGAUUACCAUUUACCAACUACUGCAUGUGCUAGAUGUUUUAAUUAAGUGAAUGCUGGAGGAUCCUAUAUUUCAUAAGUCUGCCUCUGAAAAUGUUUACAUAAUGAACACAUAUUGUCCAUGUUCACCCUGUCUGAUGGAUGUAUAAUGGUUUCUAAUAUCAUUUUUAGCAGCAGCUGCAACAAUCUUGUUUAGGAGAAAGAAUGUGACCAGCUAUUAUAUUUUAAGGAUGAGACCAUCGUUAUUCUUUAAUCUUUUUAUUACCAACAAAUUUGGACCAAAACCACACAAUGGAUUUAUUCAACUAACAAGUUUUGUAAGGUAUAGUCAUUAAACUGAUGUUCACUGUGA